CACAAACGCAUAUUGACAACAACCGCUAUAAGCAGAGGAGAGCAUAAGAUUUAAAAACAAUAACACAUAUAGAUAUUUUUAAUAAAAUGAGCACUGAAAUUAAGUCUACAGGAUCUGUUAAAGAACUGUCUUAUUCGACAGCGAGGAGUAACGGUUUUGGAAGUGAUUUGCCAGAUGAUGCGGAUAACUUUACAAAUACCGAUGGUGCUGGGGAUGGUCAUGACGGACUUAUUAAAGUCCUUAAAGAUACAACGGAAGUCACUUCUACCAAUAGAGAUACAUGUAACCAAGAGCGAUUUGUUAGCAUUAUAGAAAAGAGGAAAUUGGAGAGAAGGUUCGAAGAGGAAAUGGAAAUAAAUUGGGAGAAAUCUGAAAGAGUCGAUGAAGAAAAUAUGGCAAGUAAGGUCGAUAACUUAUUAAGUAAACUCAAAAGUCGUUUCAGUGAAGAGAAAGAAGCUAGAAAGUAUGCAGUGAAACAAAACCGAUCAUACUAUAACUUUUGCAACAGUGUAGACGCUUUUCUUAGGCAUGUAGAAAAACCCAAAGUUGAUAUCAAAUACUCGGAAAGGAAUGAUGAUUUGCAAGGCGAGGGAGUUUACAGUUUUGGUAUAAGACCAGCAAGUAUUAAAAGAAGAAAUGUAAAAGCCAGUUCGUUUGAAAGCACUAAGAUCGAUGGGGUAAGCUAUACUGAUGCAAUUAAGGAAAAUAUCGAAGAAGAAGUUGAUAAAAGUAUUGAUGACUCUAGAAAUGGAAAAGGCAUCCACGAGUUAUGUAAAGAUGCAAAAGAGUCGCAUGUUGCUUCUACCGACAACUCUUUACCGCUAGACAAAGCUGUUAAGUUACCAGCUACUUUACCCUCGAUUUACCAGUCCCGUAACGACCAUGCAAACGCAGCACCAAUUGCAGACGACAAUGUAUUACUUCAAGUAACAGACGACAGUGGCCGCAAUAUUUCAUUUACUACAAUGACUGACAAUAUGUAUAAAAGAAGCAAAGAACUUAAACCAUUUGUAUGUGCAAAGCCUUUCCCGCGUGCUGUAGGUCAAACAUACAUGUCAAUGGUCGUUAAAGAAAGGUGCCUACAAGAAAUGUAUUUGAGAGGCCAGUACACACGUACAUCCAUAUACACCAACACUACAAGAUUUCAGUUUAGUAGAAUUAUCCCCGUUUUAAACAGGAAAUGCUUAAUGUACAAAAUUAAUAUGAGUGUUCCAUCAAAACAUCUCAACAAAAGAGUCAGUUGCUAUGCAGAGCAAUUCUCGAUGUGCUUAAAAUCAGAGCAGAAUGUUUAUGGCUCUCCAGCAGACGAUAUUAUUUAUCCCAAAUAUGCACUUCCAGUGUAUGGUUUACUUCCAGUGUAUGGUUUUAUGACAUUCAAACCUGUUUUUGGAAUUAUUUCCGUGGUAACAAUCGCAUUUUCAAAAACAGAUCAAGGUUACGCCUUAAACACUUGCAUUAAUACGCCGAGAAGUCUUGAAAAUGUCGGAUACCUGAUAACAGAAAACUGUAAUGCUAUCGACACUUAUCAAAAUCUACCAGUUCAGCAGCCGACAUUGAACGGACUCAACAUAUUCGGGCAUGCUCAUUGUCCAGAAAAUUAUGACACCAAACAUCGAGAAGCCAAAUCGUCUGAGUUCUUAAAACCGAGCCCCGAAGGAGAGCACGUAACAAAUUACGUCACAUCAACAGCAGACGAUAAAAAUGUUCUAGCAGACGACAAUGAAGCAACGGAAUACGAAAGAAUAAUUGACGAGUCCGAGGAUGCAGGUCCUUUUGGGAUAAUGUCUAUUUAUAGGAACAGCGAGAUUCAUCAUUCAAGGUAUGACAAUUUUCCAGCAGACGACACCUGGACUCACCGGAAGUGAGAGAAUACAGAUGAUUUUGUCGGGAAUUUUAAAAUUAUUUCCAAAAUGUAAUGGGCAAAUAACAACUAUUCAAUGAACUUUGUUAAUUAGUUUAUCAUAUAAACUUUUCAUAUAUAGUUAUUUUGAUAUAUAUAAAACGUAAA